CUUCGAGAGACGCACCAUAUCCUGAAACGAACGUGUAGAUCCUACCGCAAGUGAUGGAGAACUGCAGCUUGCACAGUACUACAUGUCGAUUGCUUCUUCUGUUUUGAACAUUCGUGCAGAUUUCUUUUGCAAUUCGCAGUCGAUUUCGAUCAGCGUCGUCGUCGGAACUCACACCAAGCAGGCAAGCAGCAGACGGCAGACGCCAUCAUCUUCUUUCCCCGCCAAUGGCGUGGAGGCAGCUCCGCCGCGUAGACGCUUGAAGAUCGCUCACGUUAUCUGCAGGCCGCCGCAGCAGUAACUGAAAUACGUAUUGACCGGUGCUGCCUUUUCGGAGAGGGCUCCGUCAUCGGCCGUUAGGUCGCCUACGGGCUCACCGGCCGAUGACAAAUUCCGUCGUCGUCCGGCCGGCAUUAAUGCGCUGUCCUGAAGCACCGCUCGAGCUCAGGCACGCCGCCGCAGGACGGCUGCAAGUUGAUCGCUGGGGCUCCGGCAUGGUCACCUAUAAAUACCUGGCCAGACGCACCGGCAAGCUCCAUCGAGCCAUCUCCUCCAUUUCCGAUACACACCUGCAGAGCUAGAAAACAUGGCGAACAAGGGGUUCUUACUGGCUCUUUUCAUCGCCCUUCUUGGCCUGUCGUCCAACUCGGCGGCCGGGCAAGUUCUGUUUCAGGGCUUCAACUGGGAGUCAUGGAAGCAGAACGGAGGAUGGUACAACUUCCUCAUGGGCAAGGUGGAAGACAUAGCCGAGGCCGGCAUCACCCACGUCUGGCUCCCUCCAGCGUCGCACUCUCUGGCCGAGCAAGGCUACCUGCCGGGGCGCCUGUACGAUCUCGACGCGUCCAAGUACGGCAACGAGGCGCAGCUGAAGUCCCUGAUCGAGGCGUUCCACGACAAGGGCGUCAAGGUCAUCGCCGACAUCGUCAUCAACCACCGCACGGCGGAGCACCAAGACAGCCGCGGCAUCUACUGCAUGUUCGAGGGCGGCACGCCCGACUCCCGCCUCGACUGGGGCCCGCACAUGAUCUGCAGCGACGACCGGACCUACUCCGACGGCACGGGUAACCCCGACACCGGCGCGGACUUCGGCGGCGCCCCGGACAUCGACCACCUCAACACGCGCGUCCAGCAGGAGCUCAUCGGCUGGCUCAACUGGCUCAAGACGGACAUCGGCUUCGACGCCUGGCGCCUCGACUUCGCCAAGGGCUACUCCGCCGACGUCGCCAAGAUCUACAUCGACAACACCGAGCCCAGCUUCGCCGUCGCGGAGAUAUGGACCUCGCUGGCGUACGGCGGCGACGGCAAGCCUUUCUACGACCAGAACGCGCACCGGCAGGAGCUGGUGAACUGGGUGGACCGCGUGGGCAGGUCCAGCCCGGCCACGACGUUCGACUUCACCACCAAGGGCAUCCUCAACGUCGCCGUCGACGGCGAGCUGUGGCGGCUCCGCGGCGCCGACGGCAAGGCGCCCGGCAUGAUCGGGUGGUGGCCGGCCAAGGCCGUGACCUUCAUCGACAACCACGACACCGGCUCGACGCAGCACAUGUGGCCGUUCCCCGCCGACAAGGUCAUGCAGGGCUACGCCUACAUCCUCACGCACCCCGGCACCCCAAUGAUCUUCUACGAUCACUUCUUCGACUGGGGCCUCAAGAACGAGAUCGCACACCUGGUGUCCAUCAGGGACCGCCACGGGAUCCAGCCGGACAGCGAGCUGCACAUCAUCGAGGCCGACGCCGACCUCUACCUCGCUGAGAUCGACGGCAAGGUCGUCGUGAAGAUCGGAUCGAGAUUCGAUUGUGAGCACCUAAUCCCCGAAGGCUUCCAGGUCUCGGCGCACGGCGAUGGCUACGCUGUUUGGGAGAAAAUCUGAGCCAAAUCUGUGUCUCUGGCACGAAGAACUUUUGCAGUUUUGACCUGCAAGUUUUUCUUACCUAAUACGGGAUAACUGCCACCUAUAUGCGAGAUGAUCAAGUACUAAUGAAAGGAUGAGAGGCAUACAUAUUUAUAUAAUUGAGUAAUAAUGACAUGUACUAAUUUUUUUCACUAGAUAUGAAAUGGUGCAUGGUUCUUACUA